AUGUCCACGAUCCAGCCUCGAUGCGGUUGUAACUCGAUUCCGGGCACACCUGUUCAGCUCGUAGCAUCAGGUCUGACCAGUCCCAAAACCUCGCCCAACAAGCCAGACAAAGAGGUUCCGGGGUUGGUUCGCAGCCUCAUGUAUUCCAGAAACACGGGCACCAGAUCCGCCACCGCGGUGCAGGUCAUUCAGGAUGACGACGCUGCAUCCAUGGCAUCCACAGCCGCCACCACGACCACCACAGAUGCAGUACCACCCUUGACCAGUGAGACUUCGACCGACUCAUCUAGGGCGUCUUCGGCAGACACAGAUAUGGCCAGUAGCAUACUCGGAGAUGGAUACAUGCUGGAAUCACAAGAUGGUGUGUUGACGGUGCCGUUCCGAUAUCACGAGGACGCCGAUCUGCUCUGUCCGUUCCAGAUCCUGGACUGCGAUCAGGUAUUUGCAGACAUCAUCCACUUCAAGAUGCAUGUGUUUUCGCACUUCCGCGGACACGAAUUGCCGACCUUUGCCACCUGUUUCCUGUGCGACAACAAGUACGUCUCGCGGCCCGAGGACGAUCCGGCGUUGGCGUGGAACACCAUGCUGUCCCAUAUGGUGCACGAGCACUUUCGGCAGGGCCAACAGCUGGCGACGGUGAGGACCGACUUUGGCCUGAUGAAGUGGAUGUACAACCGAAGGAUCAUCAAUGACCAACAGUUCAAGAGAACCCAGUUACUCCCUUACCAGACCAUCCUCCCUGGCGCUGCCGGCACGUCGAGACGACAAGUUGUCCACAUGGCAGAGUUACCGCACGCCCCCUCAGCAUCGCCGCCAGCAGCCGUCAGAGCUCACCUCGCCUUGUCAAUGGGGUACCAGAACGAGCCCUAUACGAUGAAUGCCGGACGGAGGCAAGAAAGACGUCGACUCGAUGCCACUCGAACCAUGGUCCGAGCACACAGUUAUAUGUGA